AUGAAUUUUACACAACAAUCUAAUGAAAAGUCUUAUUCAUUUUAUGUAUCUGAUUAUGAAUGUAUUAUAUAUCGAUUUAUGUCGGUUGUAUUUAGUAGUAUUUCAAUUAUAUCAUUUAUUUUAAAUAUUCGUUUUUUAUUUAUUGAUCAUUAUCGAUUAAAACCAUUAGUAUUAAAUUUAAUUAUCAAUUCAUUUAUAUUGAUAACAUUUAGUUUACCUUAUAUAUUAAUACAAUCAAUAAAAUGUUAUCCAAUUCAAUCAUAUAUCCUUUGUUAUUUUCAAAGUUUUCUUUCUUUUACAUGUGGUAUUUGUGUUAUGUAUACAAUAUCAUUAUUAACAUUAAUUCAAUAUAUAAAAUUAUUUUAUAAUUCAAGUAUAAUAUAUCGAAUAAUUGAAAAAAAUAAUCAUUUUCUCUUUGUAUUAAUAUGUUGGUUAAUAUCAUUAUUUUGGUCAUUACCACCAUUAAUAAAUAUAAGACCAGGUUAUAUGCAUGAAGGUAAAGGUUUUGAUUGUAGUCUUAAUUGGAUAAAAUCUGAUAUUUAUAGUCGUCUAUAUUUAUUUUUUGCAUUUAUAUUUAUUUAUUUUUUACCAUUAUUUUGUUUAUUAUAUACAAAUAUUCAUAUAUUAAUAACAAUACGUCAACUUAUCUAUAAACGAUAUCCAUUAAUACCAAAAUCAAAAGAAAAAAUAUCUAUUGAUACGCGUCAUCAUUUGAUUGAUAAAUUUACUGUUAUUGAAAGUAAUCGUCUUAAACGUCUUCGAAUUGAUCGACGAUUUGCUCAAGCAACAUUAGUUAUUGUUUUACAUUAUUUAUUAGCUUGGACACCAUAUACAAUAUGUGGAAUAUUACGAAUGUUUAUAGCUAUGAAAUAUAUUCAUUAUGAAAUUCCAUCAAUGAUAUUAACAAUAUCAACAUUAACAGCAAAAAUGGCUGUUACAGGACAAUCUUGUAUUUAUUUUUAUGCUAUACGAUUAUUGAAUUAA